CAGGCAACGGCUGGGAGUAAAGACAUUUGAGGAGGGGGGAGCUCAGGGGGAGGAGGAGGAGGAGGAGGGAGGAGGAGGAGGAGAAGGAUGGGCCUCGAACACAGACUUGCAAUGGCACUGCAAAAAUUGGAUUAAAGCAGUAUGCUGGACAAGAGCGAGGUGGCAACUCUAGGCCUACCCUCCACCACCAGCCAUGGAGGCUCUGACAGCAACAUUAGUGCAGAUGGAGCGGCAGCAGCGUCGUCUGGGGUCGUGUCCGGUGGAGCGGAGGGUUCAGGGGAGCCUCAGCGGACCCGUGCUGCUUUGGAGCACCUGCAGCAGAAGAUCCUGAAGGUCACCGAGCAGAUCCGCGUGGAGCAGGAGGCCCGUGACGACAACGUUGCCGAGUACCUGAAGUUAGCUCACAACGCAGACAAACAGCAGGCGUCCAGAAUCAAGCAGGUGUUCGAGAAGAAGAACCAGAAAUCAGCACAGACCAUUGCUCACUUGCACAAAAAACUAGAGCACUACCAUAAGAAGCUAAAGGAGAUAGAGCAGAAUGGACCAGCCCGGCAGCCGAAGGAUGUCCUGCGGGACAUGCAGCAAGGAUUAAAGGACGUGGGGGCCAAUGUUCGUGCUGGGAUAAGUGGUUUUGGAGGUGGAGUAGUUGAAGGGGUCAAAGGUGGAGUAUCUGCACUCACUCACACAGCCGUGGUGUCCAAGCCCAGGGAGUUUGCCAGUCUUAUCAGGAACAAAUUUGGCAGUGCUGAUAACAUUGCUCACCUAAAGGACACUCUCGAAGACGGAGUUGGGGGCCACUCUGAAGACACCCCCACGCCCAGAGCCCUGAGCGGAAGCGCCACUCUGGUCUCCAGCCCAAAAUACGGCAGCGACGACGAGUGUUCCAGCGCCACGUCCGGCUCCGGAGCAGGCAGUAAUUCUGGUGGGGCUGGUGGAGGAGGAGGGUUGCUAGGACCAGCCAUGGGGAGUCCCAGACUGGACGGGCACCACCACCACCACCAUCACAUGCACAGUUCAUGGGACUCUCUACUUGAGGGCUUGCAGGAGAUCAAAGCCAGCCAGACGCACAUGGAGGAUGCCAUUGAGGACAUGAAGGGCCAGCUGCAGAGCGACUAUUCCUACAUGACUCAGUGCCUGCAAGAAGAGAGAUACAGGUAUGAGCGACUCGAAGAGCAGCUAAAUGACUUAACAGAGCUCCAUCAGAAUGAGAUGACCAACCUGAAACAGGAACUCGCCAGCAUGGAGGAAAAAGUCGCCUACCAAUCGUAUGAGAGAGCAAGGGACAUUCAGGAAGCUGUGGAGUCGUGUCUUACCCGCAUCACUAAACUGGAGCUGCAGCAGCAGCAACAACAGGUGGUCCAGUUAGAAGGAGUGGAAAAUGCCAACGCUCGAGCUCUGCUGGGAAAACUCAUCAAUGUCAUCCUGGCGCUGAUGGCCGUGCUGCUGGUCUUUGUCUCCACUUUGGCCAACUUCAUCACCCCGCUGAUGAAGACCAGAGCCCGGGUUGCUGCCACCGUCAUGCUCACCUUGCUGCUCUUCAUUCUGUGGAAGCAGUGGGAUUUUGUGGAGCCGUGGCUGCUGCCCAGCUAAGCUCUCUGAGAGACUGCAGCAGAGAGCCACAAGCUGGUUUUCUACUUACCAGCACUGAAGAACCCACAGACUGGAACAGAAUGAAAACUGCUGCACUUGUUCCCUUUGAAUUUAAAGGUGGAGUUUCUGAGGGCAAAACAUGGCACUUUUAGCUGAGGAGUAGAUGAUAUGUGGCUACAGGGAGAGCUGGGAGGUGUUUACAGAGCAAAAGAACAGAAAUUCUCUGCUUGCCAAGCGACUAAAGACGUCAUCUCAUCUCACCCAAAUCUACUGGUGUUGAUGACCAAUCAUCAAUUGCAUCGCUGUCACCAAAAACUGAGUUUCUUGCAGAAAUCUUUGGUCUUUUUCUAAUUAUUUAUGAUACAAGAAUUACAAAGACUAGAGCAACUUAUGACUGUAAAAUGCUGAUCAUGUUUGCUGUAAUCUUCAUGUUGAAGCUAUAGUAUACUGAAGAGGAAAAGGGUUUUUUUCAUGAAUGUUAUGUGCUCAUGCAUGUCCUCAUAUGUGCACUGGGAUGCAUCUAGCUGGCAUGAGUUAACAUUUCAUUAAUGACAAAAGGAAUCUUCUAUAACUGCCAUUUUGUUGUCAGAAAUACAGUGCAGAUAUGUUGUAUCUCCGCUCAGUGUCAUUCUUGGUUUGUUUCACAUCCUGUUGUGGUGUGGAAGCAGUGCUUUUAGAUUCUUUCUUCCUGUCUUUCUUUUCUUACAAUUGAAUGAACAGUUUAAAAAAAACAAACUGCUGAUACUCACCUUAAUGAUCGAACAACGUAAAACUUCUUCUGACCGUAGAUACUAUUUCAUUACCACUAUUGUAGAACUGCUACUAUCCACAGUGUCAAAUUAACUGGCAUGUCAAAGUUUAUAUCCAGUUUGCAAAAAAUAAUUAUUGCUGUUUUAUUAAACAAUGUAAGAAAUAAAUGAUUUCAUAUAUUAGGAUGACCUUGAAUAUAUCUUUAUUGUCCUUGAUACUGACCGUUUUUAUGACUGAAACCGAUUAGAGAGUAACAUCAUACACAACUCCAGAUGUAAAAGUAACAUUUUAAAAUCCGUCUGUCAUCAGGGAUAUAUAAGUUACAACUAAUGGUUUUAUCAAUAGUUAAUCAACUCUUUAUAUAAUCGUAUUUAGGCCAUUAAUAAGCAUCGUUUGCCAGAGUGUGAAAAAUCCCCAGACAUUUAUCUGCUGCGAAGAAUCUGGACCAAAUCAAUUUAUUAUUAGUGUAUUAAGUAUUUAUUAAUUGAACAUUAUAACAGCAUUACUGGCAACUACAAAGGACAAGCGCAAGUGAUAGAUCGUUCACAACCUGAGAACUUAAAAUAUGAUUUAAUUAUAGCUGCUAUGUAAAGAAUUAAGCAUUACACGAUUUAACAAACCUCUGAACACCUUCACACACUACAGAUAUUUAACUAUUUAUAUUUUGACAUUCUACAAACUAGUUGUUUUUCGCGCUACUCUGCGAUAUCGGCCACAUCUAGACAGAUAUUUCACCAAGCUGAAUGUAUCUUCCAACAACUUGCUCCUGAUUUUUAGUCAUGCUGCAUUUAUUUUAUCGAUCAUGUUUUAUUUUCUUAUCAAUCUUUGUAAUUUUUUCUCUUCUCUGCUCAGGUAAACGCUGCCAGCAGUUCAGCCAAAAAGUCUUUUUUUUGUUGUCAUGUGACCGUUGGUUGCAGCUGAGUCGUUGAUGGCUUCACAGGUGCACCAUUAAACACAGAAUUUACUGCACAGUAUAUUUUGGCCACACCUUUAAAUGAGACAUGUAGGAUUAAGUGAUUUUGGUGAAAUGUCAUAUUUUAAAGCUUAGAUUCCACACAUAAGAUGUAAUUAGUUCAACUGUCAGAAAGUUAGAAAUUUUGAAAUUCACUGCUGUAUUAAGGUUGCAAAUGUUCACUUCGGAAUAUUUUUUAGAGCACUUGUCAAAUAUUAGUUAGCUUUAUCUGCCCUACCUCUUAAUAAAAAUCUUUUGUAUAUAUUUAUUGUUCAUUAAUAACACCACUUAAAUAAUGCAAUAUGCCAAAACUGGAUUAGAAAUGUGGAACUACUCGGUGAUGCACUUUCUUUAAACACCAGUGGAGUUCUUGUUUAAAAAUCCAUGCCACUUCAAUACUUAAAUGUUCUCAUUUUAAAGUGAACCUUAUCAUUGCAACUCUUUUCAAACACCUCUGACUGUAAAUACAGGCGGUAUAUGAGAUAGUACAGCACUGUGUAACAUCAGCUGCAGACCAUGUGACUUCUCUCCUCUCUGCUGUUGCAAUCCUUAAGCAUUUCAUUUAGCUAAAUGCUGUCAUUCUACAAUACAAUAUUUAUCUAAACAUUACUAACAUGAGCCACCAUAAGCUGCAGCAGCAGAACUCCAGAGUGAACUGAUCAAACAAGGCUGCAGGCUUAAGACAGCUUUUCACUGGUAAUAAUUUAUUCCUUCUCUCUAAAAUCUCCAGCAGUCCUAUGGCUCAAUAACAAACAUCAUCCAUAAAAUCUGACAGGGGAUUCUUUGUUCUUUCUGGUUGUUCCACAUGUUGCUUGAUGUAAUUUCAAUCCAGUGCACUCAGGUCAGGACUGUAAAAUGAAAACUGUAAUAUUUACAACACACUCAUUGAGGCUACAAAAUCAAUUUACUGGUAAGAAAGGAAAUCAUCAUCAGAGAUUACUUAGAUUUAACAUCCUUUUGUGACUAGUGGUGGAAUGUAACUAAGCAGAUCAACUCAAGUACUGUUACUCAAGUACAAAUACGAGGUACUUGAAGUAUUUCCAUUCAUUGCAGCUAUACACUUCUACUGCAUUACAACAUAGAUGAAUUUUUGUACUUUUGAUUUCACUAAAUUUGUCUGACUGCUUUAGUUUCAUAGUUGUCUUGUUUGUGCAACCAUGCAUCUCAAAAUGUCUUGAUUUUAAAUGUUUCUCAUAUCUGGAAGGUUCAAAUGUUCCUUUACAGGUUGAGAUCAUUAUCCUACUCCUCAAGAUGUGAGAAUUUAUACCAUUUAACCCCCCUUAGGUUAGCAUCACAAAGCUGAAAACAGGGCCGUUUCCCUGAGUUCAUGACAAACUGAUUUUUUAAAGAUAUGUUUCCAACAGGACAUAUGAUGAUCUUGCAGAACAUGAGUCAUCACGGCAGAUUAAACUCCUCCACUGUGUAGAGCUAAACCGUACAUCUACAGCAGUAAAAUGCAGCAUUCACAUUACUGUAGCAAUAACAUUAAUAAUGCAGAAACAUAAUACAUAAUGGUAAAACACUGACAGGGACCAUUUAACUGCACAAUGAAUACUCUUUGUACAUUUUACAGAUAAUACUGUCAUACUUUGUUUAAGUUUUUGAAUGCAGUAGUUUCAUUUGUAGUUGAGUAUUUUCAUUGUGUGUAUAAAUACUCAUACUUAAGUAAAGGAUCAAUUUCUUCCACCACUGCUUAUCUGCAGCAUCUUUGUCAGGAGCAGAUUACAUUUACUCUGGCUUUAAAAUCUUUAAGAAAGCAUUAGAGGGGCAGAAUUAACAGCAGAUCUCAGAUCCGCUGACGUCCAUCUGCUAAUCCUGUGGAUUAUUUCAGUUCUACUUCACUAUAUCUGUCUCAGCUGAUUCUAAAUUUGUGAAAUAUUCACGUGCUAAAUGAACCCUGGACAAUACUAGAAUAAUGAAGAAACUAUUCCAUCUGCAAUGAAUACAACACAAAGACUAUUUCAAAUUUAUGAUGUCUUUUUAAUAAUUACUGUCAGGCAAAAUCCAUAUGACCAUUACAUUUAUGACAGGUAUUCUUACAGUACAAGACAGAACUCAAGGGGAUCAGAGCCAGUGGCAUGGCCACACCUGACCGCUGAAAAGUAAGACAUUCAUCGUCAUUAGAUUGUUCCAACUUUCACAUAGAGUUCACAAAUGUAUUUUGCAUUUGACUCGUAUCAAACACAGGUUUUCUUGAUUACCUAGCAAAUUCUAAAGACCUUGAUAGAAACAGCAGAGUAGAAAAAAACAUUUUAUAACAAGCAGAAGAAUUCCUGAUUUUAUCUUAAUUUCCUGUCAAGAUGCAAGAUGUACAAUAUAUUGCUUUCAGGUGCUCAACUCAAAAUGGGUACUCCAAGUUUCCCAAAAACACAUUCUUCAGUAUCGCAGUCUGCCCUUACACUAAUAUUCCUCAUCUCCUGCAGGUCAAACAGAGGUGCAGUGUCUCAGACCCAGUUUCAGAUGGGCCAAACCGUUAAACCAGGAGGAGCUGCCAUUUCAAGAAGUUACAGGAGCCUAAGAUAGGACCAACAGUGACAGCGCCUCCUCAAAAGUGCAGCUUUCCAUCACUUGUCAUCAAUCAAGUGUCUGAAACUCAUACUUUUUGCUUCUUGUCAUGGAACUAAAACAGAAUGACUACAAAAUAAACUAAAACAUAAAUCUAUUCAUGUUCACUGAGAGCCUUGAGCCUAAGACACAGUAUCCAGUCACAGCAGUACAUUUGAGGAGAGGACAUGAUGAAGUACAAAUGACACAGGGAUGAGUAGUAAAAGUUUCCAUAACUGACAUUUCACAAUAAUUAAAAAAGCUGAACAGGAGGCAACACGGAGUAUGGACUUCAGUCACUAGCUUCCUAUGUUACGAUGUCGAAACAUGUGACUCUUAUAGUUUUUAGUGCACCAAGAUCAAAUGUACAGGUACAUAUAAGAAGCACAUUAUCAACAAUACUGUGACUAAAUGCUCCAAACUCCAGAAUCCGUGCUGCCUUUCAUUGUAAAAUGCUGUCUCAGGAGAGCACCUGGCGGUUUCCAGACUCAACAGACACGAGCCUGAUUGUUGUUUAAAAACAUGGACAUAUAACUUGGUGUUCAGCAGGACCAAGUCGAACCUGCUGCCACAGUCUUCAGGCCAUAAACCAAUAUGCUGGUCCCACAGGGCCUCAUUUAUGAAAAGGUUUUUGAUUCUCAGGCUUUUUUUUUUUUUUUUUUUA